GGUAUUAAAAAGCAAAAUAGCAGUGAGAAAGCUUUUUCAAUCUUUUUAUCUUUUAAUAUUGCUAUGAAUGUACCCAAGUCUAAGGUUGAAUUGCAUGUCCAUUUGGAUGGAUCGCCUCGGAUAGAAACGAUCAUAGAAUUAGCAAAAAAGAAGAAUGUUUAUUUACCUGCAUAUGAUGUCAAGGGCCUGGAAGAUUAUGUCAGCUUAAAAAAACCAGAAUCUUUGAAAUCUUUUUUACAUUGUUUUAGUACUUUUAUGCCAGUUUUACAAGGUGAUCCUGAAGCCCUGGAAAGAAUAGCUUAUGAAUUUUGCGAGGAUAAAGCGAAGAAUGGCGUUCUUUAUUGUGAAACACGUUACUCACCCCAUCUUCUUGCUAAUUGUGAAGUGGAUGGGAUUUCAUGUAAUGGCAGCAAUGAACAGCAUUGUUCUCCAAGAAAAGUUGUUGAAUCCGUUUGCAUUGGCUUAGAACGGGGGUCAAAAGAUUUUGAUGUUAAAGUAAAAAGUAUUCUUUGCUGUAUGAGACAUAAACCGGACUGGUCUCUAGAGGUAGUUGGUCUUUGUGAAGAAUUCAGGAAUCGUAAUGUAGUUGGGUUGGACAUUGCUGGGGACGAGAGUUUGGGUGAAAUCCCAGCCAUAAAGCAACACAUCAUGGCUUUUCAGAGAGCUCAAGAGCUUGGCAUUCCGAGAACUGUUCACGCAGGCGAGGCUGGUCCGGCGGCUAGCGUACACGAGGCAAUCUUUCUGUUACAUGCGGAUCGAAUUGGCCAUGGUUACCAUGUUUUAGAAAACCCUGAAUUGUAUCAACUAGUGAUUGACAGACAAAUUCAUUUGGAGUUGUGUCCUACAUCGAGUAUUUUAACCGCAGCAGUCCCUGAGCCAAUAGAAGAACAUCCAGCUAUAAAAUUCGCAGAAGAUGGCGUAAAUUUUUCAUUAAACACAGACGACAUGCUGGUUUGUCGGACCGAUAUGACGCAUGAAUUCGAUGUCGCUUUCAACAAAAUGGGAUUCAGCGCCGCGUUAUUGACAAAAGCAACAUUUAAUGCUGCAAAGUCGUGUUUUUUACCGCGUAAAGAAAAACAAGAAUUGAUCGAAAAACUAAAAGUUAUUUACGGGGUGACGGAGGACUCUAAAUGUUUUGUAAACGAUAUAAAUCUAAGUCCUACCGUUUGAAAAACAAGAUAUUUUUACCUGAAGUGGGGGAGCGAUUGUGCCCAAGAAGAAAGUCUAGAAGUAUCCCUCCCAAUCGUUUUUAAAACGAAAUGAAUUUUUGCAAAUGAAAUAAGCCGAAUGAUUUUUAAUGAAACAUUUCGAAAUUGUAAUUUCUCUAUUUUUAAUAUGUGCAAAAUGUUUUAUAUGUAAUGCGGCAAACAUGAAGAAGGGAAAUUAAAUUAAUUUCUGGCUAUUUAAAAUGUCUACGUUUCGUGUUAUUUACAGAAUGUAUGAACGAAACCUUCAGGAAAGGCGGUUCAGAAAAGCGCGCAGCUGCCUUUAAGUAUAAAUACAGCGAGUUUAAAAAAUACUAGGCUUAAAAUAGUCUAUUUGCAGAGAUGAU